GGAACAUCCUGAGAAGGAAAGGGAAAAAAGAAAACUCUAAAUCCAAUGUUUUUGGUGGCUUCCAACUGAGCUUGGUAAUUGGAAGAAAUGUCUCCAAAACGUAUCAAAAGAAAUCAAUCAGCUACAAGUCAGGAGCCAAUUGUUGAUGAAGAUAUAAUCAGCAACUUGCCAAGGAAUGUAAUAGAUUACAUUCUAGGGAAAAUGCCUAUACGUGAAGCUGUAAGAACCAGUGUGUUGUCAAAGAAGUGGAGAUUUUACUACUUAACCAUUCCUCAAUUAGUGUUUGAUUACCAGUUCGUCAAAGAACUUUAUUACUUUGCCAUCAAGAGGUGUGCUCCUAUAUUUUCUCUAUUUGAGUUCAAGUACCAAUUUAACGAAAUUGUCACCAAGUCUCUUAUGCUUAAUCCUGAUCGAAUAGAGAAAUUUAGAGUAUUGAUUCCUAAUUUCAAUAGAGCACGGGUUCCUGAUGUUAACAAAUGGAUACUAUACUUAUCUCAGAAGAACAUCAAGAAAAUAACCUUAGAGUACCCAAAGGUUAUUGUACGCCAUGAGUUACCUCCUUAUUUCUUUUCUUGUCUGGACUUGACAUACGUGAAGCUCAACAAUGUUGAUUUUUCGCUUCCUCCAGAGUUUAAAGGCUUCCGUAAUCUCGACCGAUUAUCACUUUCUCGGGUUCGCCUCGCAAACAACUGUUUUGAACGUUUUCUCUCCAGCUGCCCUGUUCUUAAAAUGCUUGUGUUGCAUAAGUGUUCGGGCAUUCGUCAUUUUAUUAUCAGUGGUUCUAACCUGUUGCGCAUCAAGGCCGCUUAUAUGUUCCAAUCUAUCUCCUUAGAAAACGCUUCUAACUUGGCUGAAGUGUAUGUUACACUGGAGAGUCUUGAAAUAGGUUUGGAAGGCAAUCCUAUCUUUGAUUUGGUUAAGUUUGUGGGUAGCUUGCGUAACGUCAAAAGACUUGUUCUAGAUGGCAAAUUUCUGCAGCUCCUAGCUGGAACACCUGUUCCGCCUACACUAUAGACUUCACCAAACUCUCUAAAGAUUCUUGAACUCUUUGGUGUAAACUUUAUCGACUUUGAUCAAAUAUCUGUUGUUGUAUGCUUGCUCAGAAGUGCUCCGAAUUUGCAAGAUCUUCAUAUUCAGGCUUCUACAAUCAAGAUAAACCAAGAACAUGUCUCAAGUUUUCUUAAACUCCUGGAUUGCAGACCCCUUAGCAAACUUCAACUGGUCAAAUUAACAAAUAUCUCAGGUUGCGAUCCUGAGUUUGAGUUUAUCCGGUUCCUUCUCUUUAGCUCGCCAUCACUUGUGACAAUGAGCAUUGUAGAGCACCCAGAGCUUGAAGCAGAAGAAGCGCAGAAUAUAGGUAGGAAGCUGCUCGAGUUUAAGCCACCAUCAGCGGUGUCUGUAGAUUUUUCAAGGGACAGUGAAACCUAAGUUUCAAAGUGGUGGUUCGGGGAACUGGCAUUGAUUACUGGAUGAUCCUCUACUUGAUCUCAAGUACAUGGAGCUGAAUAUGCAUAUGGUAGUAGAUAAACUAGCUAAAUAUGGAUAUGUAUCUUGCAAAGCAGCCAAUUGUACAUUUUGCAGUCUUUUUGUAAUGAUCUUAGCAAACAGCACAAAGGAUCAUGCCGCCCGUCUGAACUGAUGCAUUAUUAGAUAAUAGUACUAUAUAUAAUUUUCUCCUUUUGGAUAAAAGAAAUACAAUCGUAACCUGAAGUGUAUAUACGUACAGUACUCCUUUUGGUAUAUACGUACAGUAC